AUGUCCGAUGCAUCUGACCUCGAUGGUGAAGAAGAAGUGGACCGAGAAGUGGAAGUACUCGGAGGGCUGAAAGAUUUGAUCGUCAGCCAGGAGCCCGUUCCGGUGGAUCCGUCCUACAUGGGGAAUUGGGAUGGAGCUCCUGAUCUGGGCUCGCCAGGUUUCAACCGAUUUGCUGCACGAGUGAUGUGGAAUGCGAAAAUUGGCAGGAAGUUGAAGGGACGGCGCGCCGAAGGCGAAUGUCCACCUCUCCAGCCACAUCAAGAGGCGGUGGCAUUUAUGCUGCAUCCGCAGUCUCCCAUCUCUCGAAUGCUGGUGGAUCAUCCCACGGGAUCAGGCAAGACUCGAGAGAUGAUUUGCGUCUUGGACAAUUACUUCUUGGACCCGCGACCGAAGGUGCCGAUAUUUCCCAAGGAGCCGGUCUGCCGCAACUUCUACAUGGAACUACUUCGAUGGCCCAGCCGGUAUCGGGACUUCUUUGCCUGUCUGAGGCCGCAGGAUGCAGCUAAAGCCAGUGGCUGUGCAGACUGGCGCUCUCGACGGAGGCUUCGCUGGGACCUGGCCGACCUGUCUGGUGUUGUCAUGCACGAGCUGUGCUACAACAUGCGCGAGGUGCUGGAAAUGAAGGGGUGGUUCUUCAUGGGCAGAAUGAGACGUUCGCGCAGAGAGGCAUUCCGUACACGCUUCCCAGACGAAGUCGCCCCAGCAGCACCCUUGCGGGCCCUGCGGUACACAUCAGCAGGUGGUCGUCAUGCAGAUCUUCGGCCGGAUGGAUGGCCGGUGAGCGCUUUGCUGAAGGUUGCCUUUGAUCGCGCACAAGCUGCUGGCAAUGCUUACUCGAACAAGGUCGUCAUCAUGGACGAGGUCCAUAACCUGGUCCGGCUGCAGACCCAAUAUGGUGAGCAACUCGCACGGCUUAGAAGCCUCCUCUCGACUGCGCGCGGCUCGGUGCUGGUGGGGUUCACAGGAACUCCCAUCCUGAACGAGGCAAGUGAGGGCAGACAGCUCCUGGACAUUGUGAAGGGCGCCUUUGCCCCUCCGGGCGAUGGUGGCUUCCUCUCCUCAUUUCCUAUGCGUCCAGUUGGCCUGUUUCCGACAUCCCUUCCACGAGGCGUGCCGGAUGUUGUCCUUACGCCGAAGUUGAGGCGCCAAAUGGUGCACAAGGUCAUGCUGUCUGCCGAAGCCUUGAAGCGCUACGAUGCUAAGAGAAUGAAAGGGCUCCCUGAAAAGCGACUUCGUGCUUUUUGCAAUCUGUGUGUACACUUCGGCAGCCUGCAUGACGGGCGAAGCGGCAGCAAGGCUCGCAUCCUUGCAAACAUGGAGACAUGCGCUCCAAAGCUUUUCGCCAUUGCUGAAAACAUUGUGCAGCUUGCCGAGAAGGCCUUGGUGUUGGUCGCGCACAGCUCUGGACUAAAAGCUCUGGUUGAGCAUUUGCAGGAGAGGUCUUGCGGAGGACACAAGUUUGGCGUUGCAACAAUGGAAGAGCUCGCGGAGUUCAACUCUCCCUCGAAUCUUAGAGGGGAGCGCUUUCGUGUACUUGUCGCAGACGCCGCGCAAUGCUCCGAGGGCGUAAGCUUCAUGGCAGUGCGAAGGCUUCAUCUUGCCGACAUGCCAGCAUCGCCCAGUGCAUUUGUACAGUCCGUGGGCAGAGCCAUACGAAUGUACGGCCACGCAGCUCUGCCACAAGAUGAACAAACAGUAACAGUCCAGUCGUGGGUCGCAGUAUUUCCCCGAUGGAUGCGAUCUCCGUUGGCUGCCUGGUGCUUUCGUGCACAAAAGCGCCGCGAUCCCCAGGACAUGGUAUCUGGUGCUCGUCAUUUGCUCCGCCGGUUGCUCGCUGCUGGCGUGACGGAUCUGGAUUCACUGAAACUACGUCUCGAGCGUUGCGGUGGCUUUCCUGGAAGCCCUACAGACAUCCGGCCUCCACUUUCGCUGCCGGCGGCUGCAACGUGCCUGGAACAACUCGGGCUUUGGGAACAAGCGAAGUUUAUGCGACAGCGCAUGUUCAAGAACAAGGGUCAGGCGCGGCGCAAGCUACCCACACAGCCAAGACGGUUCUCGGGAAGAUGCGCGACCAGCCUGAGGAAGGUUCCUCGCCUGAUGCCGGUCAAAUCCCAAGUCAAGGCCGAACUUCGAGGCAAAGCUAUCAAAGUGCUGAAAAAGGAGGAGGUGAAGCAGGAAGAAGUAGUCGUGAAGAAGGAGCUGGCAGACGAGCUCGACCACCAGUACACGCGGCGCGGCCAGCCUCGCCAAAGCUGCCGGCCAGUGGCGACACCCCAGCUCGGCCAUGUGAAGGAAGAGGAGACAAGAAGCGACACUGGCUGUGGGGACGACCAGACGCUGUUGUCCUUGAUCACGUCUGACCUGGACAAGCAAACAUCGCACCUCCAUUCUGGUGCAGGAUUGCACGGAGAGCCCAGCCGAUCAGAUUCAGGGCCUUCAAUCAAGUCGGCCUUUGCGGCGGAAAGAGACCCGCUAUUGCGAAUGAUGCAGUGUCUGUACUGCGCACAGAGCGCAGCAGAGGCAGAGAAGGAGCUCUGCUUAGGCAUGCGCACAGCAGACGAGGAGGCGCUCCGAAACCUCUCGCAGAGAACACGAGAGUUUGUGCCAGCCUUGGCAGCAUUUCGCAAGAAAGCUGUCGAUCGCCUCAUCUUGGCGACGGAGCGGCGUACAAAGGCCGAGGCGCCAAAGGAAGCUGUUGCAGACAGCGACGGGCAGAGUAGCAGCAUUGACUUCGGGCUUACUGAUGAUGAGAAAGACACGAGAAGGGAGCGGCCGCAAGCUCGAGGAUACGCCUUUCUCUCGCAUCGCCAUCCAUCGUUGCAGCACCACAGCAGCAAGGACCUGUCUGCAGAAAGACUUCGAGCUGCCACCCCAGCAGGUGCGCGCGUCCUACCUGCAUUCCCUCGAGAUGCCCUGAUCCCGCAAACCAUCGCUGCUUCGGCUUUCCAGGCAAAGCCAGAAGCGGUGCUUCCCAGGCAGGACAUGGCCAGACACCGCUCGGAGGAUCCUUUCGAUGCUUCAGGAAAGCGUCAGAAGCUUGACGCUGGAGGCUUGCCAUCAUCCCGCCUUUACUUUUACGCCAAAGUGGCCCCCCACAGUGCCUGA